AUGUCUCCCACAAAUGAAGUGACAAUGAAAACACCCGUUAAAGUUGCAGUCAAUCCUGGGCAAAGUAAUUUUGUGAAAGGAAGUAGUUUUGUGAAAGGAAAUAGUCUCAUAUGCAAUGUUCAAUCUACUGGAAGGAAUAAUGAGAAGACAAAGAUUGUGGAUGGGUGCGACUCACCUUCCGUGCUCUUUCUGGAAUAUAAAGGAAAUACAUCAUUGGAUAGUCCAGUUGUUCUGACUCCUGGUUUUUUGAAUAUGCCUGAUAAGAUUGUGGAACGAAGCAUGAGAAAGAACAAGGAUUUUUGCAAAGAUGACAUACCAUCGUUCGAUUUGAGAAUAACACAAAUGAGGAAGAGGAGGAGAAGAUAA